UCACGUUGGAGACCUGGGAAACAUAGAGGCCGACAACAGUGGCUCUGCAGUUUUUGGACUGACAGAUCACGAAUUACAACUCAACGGCGAGUUUUCCAUCAUUGGCCGCUCCAUUGUGGUGCACCAAGACAAGGAUGAUCUCGGCCGCGGGAACUUUUCGGACAGCCUCACAACCGGACAUUCUGGAAGUCGAAUAGCCUGUUGCGUCAUUGGCAUCGCCGAAUAGAAAGAUUUGGCACAGUACUAUAAUAUGUGUACAAGGCAUGAUAGGAAAUAAUCGAGAGCUGUUGACCUUGCAGAUGUCUUGAGCUGAAGAAGUCAUCUCUUGGUUAGCACGCACACCUCUUUACAUUACCCCGAUGAAAAAAAAAUCACAGCAAUGAUGUUUGCAGGUGUAUGUCAAGGUGCGGUUUCAAUGUAAAACAAAACGGAUUGUGUUGCUCUAAAGUGUUGUUGUGUCACUUGGUAUAUUUUGCUGACUCUGCUUCCUUAAUGGGUUGAUUCAUAUCGUCAGAGUGAAUCGAUGUCAAAGUGAAUCGCGAUUGCCUAGCAGAAAUCAAUUAGAAUAAAAAGUGUAUUUCUGCGCCAAAUACAAGUUUUGUGCCUUGUGCGCUUGGCUGGGCGGUCUCAGCUCAGAGGCGUCUAGUCUAUUUAAUAUGGCAACUUAUCAGUAAAAAUUAAAAAAAAAAUACCACAGGAGCCACGACGAUUUCAUCGUAGUGUACAUGAAGCUUUGGAGGGAUUUCACAGUGACUUCAAAAAAUACCAACAUAUACAAGGAUUCAGAUAAAUAUAAAUCACGAACAAAAUGAAGGAAAUUGGAAUAAAUAAAUUAUAUCUGAAUCGUGCAAUGACGCAA